AUGAAUGCUAGGACUCAAACCUUUGAGCUUUCCUUGGAAAGCAGCCAAGUGGAAGAAACAGUGAUGUGCAUCUUUCAUAGUAUCUUGUUUCAUAGAACUGCUGGAAAGUUCAACUAUAAAGAUGAAAAGUCAUACAUGGUGGGCACUGUAGGCAUGGUUGAUGAAGACUGCAACCAAUUGGAUUUCACUUACGUCCGUUGUGAUGCAGAUGACUUAGACAGGCAACUACAAGAAAAUGUAAAACAUUUUAAAAACGAGCUAUGUUCAUCUGGAUGUGGACAGAUUUCAUUAGAAUUUUUUGAGAGACGAAGAAAAGGUUGGUUUUUCACCAUGGAAUCAAUACCAUGGGAAAUAUGGUCGUUGAGAAUAAGACUCAUUACCGUUGCUACUGCUAGUGAAAAAGAAAUUCUUGUAGAAAAAAUCAAAGACUCUUUAACUGAAAUUAUCCUAUUCAUUGCCGAAACUAUGAAUAAGCCCGAUUUUGUACCAAAAGUUUCUAAACAAGCUGAACUAGGAAAUAUCUACGAUAUUAGCUUUAAAGCAGUGCAACCGUAUCUAUACAAGAUUUCUUGUCAAACUGGCGAUGCCAGUAACUUUUCAGUUGGGGACACAGUCAAGCGAUUUUUUAGGGAGUUUUCAGCAACGUAG